UGGCGGGGCCUGAGAGCCGCCCGGGCCCUCAGGAUGGAUGCCCUGGAGGAGAUCUGGGCCAACGGGACCACCUCGAGGCCCCCACACCCAGCCGCCAACAUCAGCGUGCCGCACCGCUGUCUGCUGCUGCUUUAUGAGGACAUCGGCACCUCUAGGGUUCGGUACUGGGAUCUCUUGCUGCUCAUCCCCAAUGUGCUUUUCUUCAUCUUCCUGCUCUGGAAGCUUCCGUUGGCCCGAGCCAAGAUCCGUGUCACCUCCAGCCCCAUUUUUAUCACCUUCUAUAUCCUGGUGUUCGUGGUGGCCCUGGUGGGCAUUGCCCGGGCCGUGGUGUCCAUGACCGUCAGCUCUUCGAAUGCUGCAACUGUUGCUGAUAAGAUCCUGUGGGAGAUCACUCGCUUCUUCCUGUUGGCCAUCGAGCUGAGUGUGGUCAUCCUGGGCCUUGCCUUUGGUCACCUGGAGAGCAAGUCAAGCAUCAAGCGGGUGCUGGCCAUCACCACAGUGCUGUCCCUGGCCUACUCUGUCACCCAGGGGACACUGGAGAUCCUGUACCCCGAUGCCCACCUGUCUGCUGAGGACUUCAACAUCUACGGGCAUGGGGGGCGCCAGUUCUGGCUGGUCAGCUCCUGCUUCUUCUUCCUGGUCUACUCUCUGGUGGUCGUGCUCCCCAAGACCCCGCUGAAGGAGCGCAUCUCCCUGCCUUCGCGGAGGAGCUUCUAUGUGUACGCGGGCAUCCUGGCGCUGCUCAACCUGCUGCAGGGGCUGGGGAGUGCGCUGCUCUGCGCGGACAUCAUCGAGGGGCUCUGCUGUGUAGACGCCACCACGUUUCUCUACUUCAGCUUCUUCGCGCCUCUCAUCUACGUGGCCUUCCUGCGGGGCUUCUUCGGCUCGGAGCCCAAGAUCCUCUUUUCCUACAAAUGCCAAGUGGACGAGACCGAGGAGCCAGACAUGCACCUGCCCCAGCCCUAUGCCGUGGCCCGGCGGGAGGGCUUCGAGGCGGCGGGGGCGGCCAGCACCCAGUUUGACUCUGCCGGUGGGGUGGCCUACCUGGACGACGUCGCUUCCAUGCCCUGCCAUACCGGCAGCAUUAACAGCACGGACAGCGAGCGCUGGAAGGCCAUCAACGCGUGAUCGCGGCCGCCCCGGCCGCACGGCCUGCUAGGCCUGUGGAGAACAGACUGGAGAGGAGGUCUGGGAGCACAGAGUUCCUGGCGGAGGACCGUAGGGACGGGACCUUCUGUGGAGGCGGGCCCUGUCUGCCUCCAGCGUCUGGAGACCUCUGCCUGCCCUCCGGUCGCCCCAGGCCACCUCUGCUCUAGCUGCUCCCCUUUCUACCUGCUCUUGCCCUGCUCAGUGACGUGGCCCAGACUUUGACCUUCCAGGGCCAGGCCUGACUGGCUGGCUGAGGGCACGGCUCUCCAAAGCCUGGCACCGGAACUGCUCUGGCCCUCCUCGUCCUCUGUCCCGUCCCCAUGGCGCUUCGGCCUCUUCAAAGCCCACUUUGGCAGGUGGGCUGAAGUGUGUAUAUUUUCUUGAUCUAUUUUUUAAUAAAAAGCAAAGGAGCAGCAGGAGUCGCUGUGGAGGGGCUGCAGGAGCACUGGGCUGGUCCCUUUCAAGAGCCCGAAGUCCUCACUCUUAGGUCCUAGCACAUCUCCCCACCUCCUGAGCCCCGGGAGGCUCAGGGCUCCUUUGCACAGCCGAAGCACACUGGCCGGUGCUCAGGCCCUGGGUGGCUGCCGGGGAGUGGAGAGAAUGGGGCCCCAGCCUUUCCUGCCACGGGGCCCCUGUUUGAGUGGAGGAGACAGAUAAGGAAAGGAGAGCUCUGGUUACCCCUCUCCCGCCCCGCUGACGAGCAUGGGGUAGGGAAUGAGUCCUGCAGCUCCAUCCUUUUUGGGCCCCUUGUGCCAGCCUCUCCCUUUCCCGCACCCCAGUGUCACCGUCUGUGGAAUGGGUAGAAUGCCGGCUGCAGAGGUUUUCCUAAGGGUUGGGAGGCAGUAAGUGUGAGUUGCUGACCUGUGGGAUAGAAGAGUGAUGCUAACUGGGAUUGCUUCGAGCCGCAGGCUCGUGCCCUGCACACGGUAGGCACUCAGGAGAUCAGGUUCUGGGGGAUGACAUUUAUAAAGGCUGGAAAUGGGGCUAAGUCAGAACAAAGCCCUGAGCUGGUAAUUCAUGAACAGGAGAGGUUCCACGUGGCCACAUCGCUGCCCUCCAGGUUUGGCUUGGGAUGUGGGGGCAGCCAGAGGCAAGAGGGAGUGGUCAGUUUUAUGACCCCACUGUCAGAGGGAGCUCCAGUUCCAACGUGGCUGCGACUGCGGUGGCCAUGUCAGCUCCCGUGUCCAGGGCCCGAGGGCUGUCUCAGGGCCUGGACGCUGCCCCGUGAAAGGUACAGCCAGUGAGCUGGACUCCCACGCGGCCGGGGGACACCAGCUGCCAGGGGCUUCUCCCAAGUGUCCCGCUUUGCUGCAACCUCACAGCUUCUGCUGAGGCCUAUCA